AUGGCCAAACUGUUUACUCUUCUUUCAAUCCUGGCUGCAGUCAUUUUCAUCGAAACGGCUCCCACAAGUGGACAGAUCACCACCGCAGUCGAAAGUGAAACCAACUUUUGCAUAUUUCUUCCCCCACAACUUGGUGGCGGCAUUGCUGAACAUGAAGACGAUGCGGUCGUAUUCUGCACAACACCAUUGUCCUCUGCACCCGAUGCCGGCCUUAUUCCCAGCGGAUUCAUUAAGACGGCUCACUUUGCUACUGGAGCCGGUUACGUUCAAGUUACUGGGACAAUAGACAGAUCAAAAUACAAUUUGAGUAGUAGUGACGGAGGCGGUCAGUAUGACAGUGUAGGCGCUCCUCCCAGAGCAACUUGCGCUAAUAGCAACAAGUUUGUGGAAUUGGUUGAACCCGACAUAGAACUGUUCUGUAUCCGUUGCUGCACUGACAAAAAGAAGUGUAAUACGGGGGAAAGCACCGAGGGAUGCGAGCAUGUUAUCCCUGGCGAUUACAGCUAA